AUUAACAGUGUCGUGCGUAUGAGAAUGGCGUCGUGUGGUGGCUUGAAAAGGAAACGAAAGUUAUGGGGAGAAUCGAAAGAGGAUCUGAUUCCCGUYAAAAUAUUCUGCAGAGAAUCUUCCCAUGUAGKCUUUUCUGAGACUAAUCUCAAGCAGGUUACAUACAAAUCAUGCAGUUCCAAGUGCUUAAAAAAACGCGAAGUAUUCUUUUAUCCUAUGCGUAAAGAUGUGUCUACUGACAUAGAGGCUCUACAGUCACUAAAAACUGAAUUAAGGCAUUUGGAGAAAAUGGAGUUCACGCGCAAAAGAGGGGAAAUAUAUUGGUCUGUUGAUGAAGAAGAAGAAAUGCCCUCUAUUCACAGCCUGUGUUGCCAAAUUAUGUUAGCUUUUAUGGGUGGCUUAAAAGACACAGAUGCAAAAAACGCAAUGGUGUUUCUAAUCAGUCAAAUGAUGCAAUUAUUAGGCAGAAAUGAACUUGUGAAAAUGACAGGAUCUUCAUCUCACGUCAGCAGGUAUUCAACAUCAUAUGAAUUAUUGAUGGAACAAACAACAUCUUCAUCCAAUGAAGGCACAUCAAAAAAAGAAUCAGAUAAACCAGCAUGUUGUACCCCAACUAGUAAACUUACUCCAGGGAGUACAAGUCCUGCUUCAUCCACUGACAGUGGCGAAUGCCAGGCACCUAAACUUUCCACUGCAGAUGUUCUGGUAUAUUCUCAGCCAUUGCUAGAACAGCCAAUAAUUACAAAGCUAGCAGUCUCAUUGAAAAGUCACGUUAAGGCAACUGCAAAUGGUAUUUUGAAAGAGUUAUUGUCCCGAAUCCCCUAUCAAACGGGUCAUAUCUUUGGAUUGGAAAUCAAUCCUCGAAUGGRAAAACUUUUUUCAGUUUAUGAAUAUUCAGAACAGUUAGUCAUUAUUUAUCAUCAUCAUCCAUUUGAGUUCACGUGUUUUGAUGAGAAGACAGGAAAGUUGGCUUUCAACUUUGAUUCAUUUUGGAACAUGGUUUUGGCAAUAGGCCACGUACUUCAUGAAUAAGUGUAAUUUCUACGCGUAUACGUUGCUAUUUUUUUAUUUUUAUACUUCUGGAAUGUCAAUUAUUUACCAAUAAUUAAUAGUGGUAAUAUUAUUAUUAUCAUUACAUUACCGAAAUCGUAUA